GCAAUGGGAAGAAUGAUGCCAGUCUGUCUUAUAAACGUAAAAAGUAAGUUAAAGGGAGCGUAGUUCGCGUGUUACGGCUUGAGCUGAAUGGAUGAAUAAAGGAUGAAUCGAAUUUGUGUAAUUAUAAAGUUAAUUCAGGUGGAUAUACAUCAGAAUCACGUCGCCUAAUGUAAGUUAAAGUGUUUCUUGAAUCAUUCUUCUGAACGCAAGUUUGGACAGGUAGAGCGCGCGCGCACACACCUGUCACGCACACGCCCUUUGCGCACAACAGGAAUCAGAAUCCGGAAGCGACUGUACCCUUCGGGCGAACACAAUCCAACAUGCACGAUCCACGGUAUCUUUUUUAAUAUAUAUCUUAGUUUGAACAUUUUAGCAAGAUCUAAGCUGAAUUAUGGGCUCGCAUCUGGCUCCAGUGAUCAUUGGAUUGAUUUUAUUGCAGAUCCACAAAAACUCAGAAUGUCAUAAAAUAGAGGUGACCCCUGACCCCGGCACCAUAGUGACCUUCAGUAAGAAGGCUGCACAGGCAGUGGACUGCAGUGUUUGUAAGGGUGAGGACCCUUCUCAAACCUGUAGCUCAGAACUGAUACUUACAGAACCUCAAACCACCACUGUGAAUUUCAACUGCUCCCAGCCGGGUGAUGUCUUUACUGUGGAAAUCAACCAAGAAAUCGAUUGCACGGUAAUGGGCUGCGACAACAUCGAUGCCAUACAUCCGGAUUCUACCCGAUUCCUAGAGUUCACUAGAAUGUUCACUUGGGACCUAAAAGUUCAGUCUCCCAAGACGGUCCAACUGGACUUCCCAGCCCCAGGAAUGAGGCAGAUCAAGCCUUCAGAACCUUGUCCAAACAAGCACACAUACACCCUCCUUACGUACCAGCGCACAGGACCUACCUCCAUUGGCACGUUUUGUCGGAAUGGUACUAUCAGUCGUAUCCAGGUUCUCUAUAAGGGACGUGUAUCUUUGGAGGUUGCCAAAGGUAUAGACCUGAACCCAUCUGACUUUAAAGUGUCCAUUGGGCCAGAGACAAGAGCAUUGGUUGAGGUGGAUGCCAAGCUGCCCAGAGGACAGUCAUUUACGGACUUCUUCACACCGAACUACGCCACAGGACUUAUCAGUGAUGAAAGAAUAAAGUGGAACUUUGCUGUUGAGCCCAUGCACAAUUUUACCAUCCUCUUUCAAGAUAACACUGCACCAGAAUGCCAAAAGAAGGCUCUCUUAAUUGAGUAUACACUGGGGGAUAAGACUGUGCUCACAAAGACCUUAAAGGAUGAACAGCCGGCCAAUAAACAGGGAGAUUUCAGCCUGACUUUGGCCAAUUGUGAUCAAAAGAAAGGGACAAAAGGGUUUUCAUUGAAUUUCAAUGUGUCUGUGAUUCGGGGUGGGAGCCCAUAUCUUUGCACCGUGGAUCUCCGGAACGAGGAGGGAUUGAGCCUCCAAAUAGAAAAUAAAAACCCAAAGUCUUACUGUGAAAUGAAAAUGAACUAUGUGGCGCAAGAGAAUAUAGUGGUACCUGCGGGAACCAAAGCUGUCUUGUCCUUCCUGGACUGCCCCAUUGAGGAACUGCAGCUAACGGGCACCAAAAUUAUAGAGUGUCUGAGUGGGUCUACCUGUGCAGUGAGUGGGACUGCACUAAUCAUUCCGAUGCUGGACACUACAUUGCGUGUCCCCCUUCAACAGUUUACUUGGCUUCUCCGUGUACCAGAUCAGAGCACUGUGGAUCUCUCCUUAUCUCAGGGAAACCUACACCAAUCUGUACCAGAGAAGGAGUGCAACGAAAGUGUAUCCCUACUUGUCUCUGAGAGUGAUGGCUCUAACAUCGGCCAGUUUUGCUCCAUUGCUGAUGGUGAUAUCCAAAAAAUCCAGAUCAAAGCAAAUGUUUCCAUUACCGCAGUGUCCAAAAGUACAAAGGACCUGAGCCAGGACAAAGGACCCUUCUUAAAGGUCACCUUAAGUCCAGAGAUCUUAGAGAAUGUGGUCUACACCGUUUCUCCACUUGAUUUGAGACCCACAUACCUUGCAACACCCAACUGGCCCGAUGGUAUGAAGCCUUCUUCCUCCGUCACAUGGAUCGUGAAUGUUCCCCAGGAGCACCGGGCAGAACUGCAGUUCACCAACGUCAGUAAGCCCAAGUGUGACCCGGGGCACGCCACAGUUGAGAUCCGGCCACUGAACUCAAAUGGGCAAUUGCAGUCCUGGAGAGAAGAUCAAAGUGUCCCCAACACAGUCAUCCAACAACAGAGCUUCUACCUUAAUAUGUCCAACUGUGAGCCUAAAAGUGGCAGCUUUGCUGUGCUCUCAAAGGUCACUCUGCAGAAGGAAACCAGAAAUUUCAUAGGAAUUAUUUUGGCUGUAGUUGGGGUGCUGCUGAUCCUGCUAAUCAUUGCACUUAUUGUAGGUUGCGUUAUUCGAAAGAAAAAGAAACCUAAGGCCAACAGGUCUUCCAUCUUUAUGCCCAGAGGGAAUGCCUUCCUUCCGGGUAAUGCCACCUUCCCCAAAACCAGAGCAGACAACGAGUCCCACGUCUACGCCUCCAUUGAAGACCCCAUGAUGUACGGACAUCUUCUGGACAAGGACCAACCUGCAGCGAAUGAUGACAAUGGAGCCUGGAGCAACGGCCAUCAGGUGGACAUGUACCGUCCAUUCAUGGGACCCACAGACCUAAUCCCAGUGAUUACAGAAUCUCCGGCGGAUUAUUCAUUGAGAGAGAGAGGAAAAGAAAGAGGAGGGGACAGCUCGUUCCUAAACCCAUCCAACACCUUUAUGCCUGGGAGACCUUGUAUGCCGCAGCUAUCGCAGAGCAGCUUAAGUUUCGAAGAUCGUAGGAUGAUGGCCAAUGAGCUAAACACUUUCAAGAGUUUUGGCGAUAUAAAUCCCAUUCGUCUGUCUGCUGAAGAAUCCAGAUUACAACCGCAACUAGAUUCAGACUCUGAUUCGUUUGCUGAGCCAGAAUACGAGGUGGCUAAUUAAGGAAAGAACAAGACCUGAUGAGUAGCUAAUGUAUACGAGUAUUCUCAAACUCGCUAAAAAACUGCAGAACUAUUUUACGUGCAAUUUGACGUUCACAUUGUCGUGUAAUUCCAUUAAAACAAAAAUGUCAUCAGCAACAAGCCUAUAGACACACACACACACACACACACACACACACAGAUGAUGUGUGUGAUUUAUUUUUUUCUGCAAAGCUUUGAACUGAUGCUAAAUGUUGACCGCUCUCUCUCUGUCUCGCCGCCCUAGUGGUCAUACUUGUAAUUUACAUGUAAAGUAUAUCUAAAUUUUGGUUUUAAAGAUUUUUUAGCAGGCUUUUAGCCUGAAUGUACAUAAUUAACGCUCUUAUCGGAGCUACUCAAGAACUGAAAUCCCUUGUGGAAGUGUUGUGACUCUCUAUUGGACAUUUUUGUUUUAAUAGUGAUAUUCUGGUUUACUGUGUAAAUUUGCCUCCUUGUUUCGGAUGUUUUGUAUUUCUCCAUUCAGUUUUGCUAUUCUGUAUGUUUACCCCAUGGAUAUCCUAAAAUAAAUGGUCAGAUAUUUUAAUAGAUUUUCCUUUACGGUGAGGAUAUAUUAAUAACAAAUCUAAUCACACACAGUUUUAUAUCAAAUAUGAUUUAUUUUUGAUGUUUUAUAUUUUUAAGAAUAUUUGGUAUCAUUUGAAAGAAGGCAUAUCAACUUAACGUUUAAGAAACAUUGGCAUUUAUUUAUAAUAGAACUUUAACAAUUAGAACUAAAAUGUAGCAACCAUGCUUUGUCACUGAUUCUUUUUUCUAAAAUAGAUAUGCCACAAUUAUCGCCAUUUCUAUUCAUCUAUAUUCAAUAUAAUGGCCAAACUAAAAACGUGGGUAAGUCAGUGAGCAAUAGCCUUUCGUUGUUUAGAUGUAUACUAUGACAUAAGAUUAUUGUUUUCACACCCCUUCAGUUUUUUUUUGUCUGGAGAUAUUAUUGGUCAUUCAGCGUUUCAGUGAAAAAGACGAACAAUAAAGAGGUCCGAUAUUAAAAACUCACUAAAUGUUCCCAAAAUGUAAAAUGUUUUCAUCUGUUUAACAACAUUAACUUACAAAAGUCAAAGAUUCUCUUUUUGCUCAUGUCUUGUCUCAGGUAUAGUAGAUUGCAUAUUGUCAACAGCCCAGUGUCUGUCACGCUAAUGCAUGGCAGGAUGUUGGUCUCAUUCACAUGAAUCUGAACUGAUUUGCUGAAUCAAAACGGGGACUGUUAAAUGGGAAUUUAGUUAUUUCUAAAGGUGAGGAGGACAUGUUGCCCCUCCCCCACCCCACCCCAGUUAUAACAGUUGCUAUGCCCCUGAUCAUAAGCAUAUCAUAUCAUAUAUGUUCCAUUUUUUAAAAAUACUGGAAUCAGUGUUCGGCUCCUUGAACGUGCAUUUUUCCGCAGAUGCCGGAGGAACAUUACUAAAGGUUCAGCGGCGCCACUACCAGUAUUGUCCGAUUCCCGAAAGAAUGACUUUUGAGUGGUUCUUUUUAGUGAAUCGGAAACAUUCAUAGGAAUGACUUUAGCCCAUUCUUUUUUCUUUCUUUCUGAUUUUCUCCCUUUUUUCUCCCCAAUUUGGAAUGCCCAAUUCCCAAUGCGCUCUAAGUCCUUGUGGUGGCGUAGUGACUCGCCUCAAUCCGGGUGGCGGAGGACGAAUCUCAGUUGCCUCCGCGUCUGGGACCGUCAAUCCGCGCAUCUUAUCACGUGGCUUGUUGAGCGCGUUACCGCGGAGACGUAGCGCGUGUGGAGGCUUCACGCUAUUCUCCGCGGCAUCCACGCAUAACUCACCACUCGCCCCACCGAGAGCGAGAACCACAUUAUAGCGACCACAAGGAGGUUACCCCAAGUGACUCUACCCACCCUAGUAACCGGGCCAAUUUGGUUGCUUAGUAGACUUGGCUGGAGUCACUCAGCACGCCCUAGAUUCGAACUCGCGACUCCAGGUGUUGUAGUCAGCGUCAAUACUCGCUGAGCUACCCAGGCCCCAAGCCCAUUCUUUUUAGUAAAUCAAAAAUAUGCAGCAGG